AUGGCAACAUCAAUACCUUCCUGUGGUCCAUGUGAUAUCCAGCAUAUCACCAAACCAUCCUUAGUCUGGUGCACAGAAUGUGAAGAAGGAUUAUGCCCACAAUGCAUAAAACAUCAUACUGCUUCUAAAGCAUCGCGAAACCAUAGAACCCGACCGAUAACCGAACAUCAGGAAUUACCAAGUGAUGUUAAAAAAAUCACAGAAAACUGUGAUAAACAUAAUGAGAAGUACACAAUUUACUGUAAGAAGCAUGAAUGUCUCUGUUGUGGUAGUUGUGUCGUAAUAGAUCACACCAAUUGCCGAGAAUUUUCCAGAUUAACAGACAUCAUCGACAAAACCAAAACAUCAGAGGCUUUAAAUGAGAUUGAACAGUUGUUAUCAGAAAUGGCAGAAAAUAUUCAGAGAAUUCGUCAGAAUCGAGAAAACAACAUGAAGACGUUAUCCGAGAAAGAGCAGGAUAUUGACAGGAAGUCAUGGAAACCCGGUCUAAAAUCAACAUUGAAUACAGCUGAAGAAAAAGAAACAGACCAAAUAAGCCAAAUGCUUGCCUUAUUAGAUGGAGAGAGAGCCGAAAUUUAUGAACACCAGAAUACAGUAAUAAAAAUCAAAAAAAAAAGCGUCAUAGAGAAACCAUGUGGUAUCUCUGUCGAUAAUGAUGGUAACGUGUACGUUGCGAGAAACGAAUCUAACAUUGUGGUAGUUAUAUCUGCUGAUGGACAACAACACAAAAGUCUACCAUAA